UCCCACGAUUUCCUCUAGCAGCCUCUCGCCACCGCUCGUACCCGUAGCAGCGGUGGCCUCCGCAUCGGACGUGCGGCCAGCGAGAGCUUGCGAGGCUUUCGUCGCCGUCGCUGGCUGCAUCGUCCGCAUCUGUGGGUGAACGACGUCGUGCACACACCGGCCACGCUCUCCUUCCGAUAGGAAACGGAGCAUGUACUGAGACAGCAGCGGGCACGAUAGACGCGAGCACAGAUUCGGUCCGGCCAAAGAGGCAGCGCCGCGGGACCAAGAUGGAGCCAGAACCUUCCCGUCGCGACCAAUCUUUCACGGUGGAAAGCCUGCCGGUCGAGAUCAUGGACCACAUUCUGGGCUACUUGUCUUACGACGAGAUCAGUGUCUAUCGAAGGGUGAGCCGCCACUUCAACAGCUGCUGCCAGAGGCUGUUGAACCAGGGAUUCUUCCGGGCCGAGCGGUUCCACGCGCAGUGUCUCAAAGCCGUCAAGAAACAGCUUCCACGGCGAGAGUCCGAGCGCCGCACUCACCCACUCGCACGCCACUGCGAGAUACUGACCAGCAUCGAGACGCGUCUAUCCCUACUCAGCAUGACGUUCAUGAAGUACAUGGACAUGAACUUGUGCUGCUUCAUCCCUGGCAAGGUAAUCGACGAGAUCUUCAGGGUUUUGCGCCUGGUGAAAGGGGCCGGUCAUGGGUGCACGACGACGCCUCCGCGUGCGCACGAGAUCCUGCAGGAGUUGCGCGAUAUCUCGUCCAUGGCCAUGGAACACUUUGAUGAGCGCAUCGCUCCGGGGCUCAAGCUCCACGUGGGGCCCAUGAAGCCCACCCUCAGUUUCAUUGGUGCUGGGCACCAUGGACCAUGUGCUGUCACCGCAACAGUACCACGCAGCUCGGAGCUGGAACUCCUGAAACAUCUUUCCAACUCUUGCAUCCUGCCUGGGUUCUGCUGGUCAUCUCACUUUCCUCGCUGCCUUCGUCUGCCGUUGAAACAAGCAGCUGCAACCUCCAUCCUGGGGCGGGUGCAGAAGCCAUGUGUGCAUGCGGCAGCACACUCGAGUUUGACAGAGGAGCUGAAACAAGCGCGCGCAGCCAACUUGAGCCUUCGCAAGUCUCUGACCGAGUUGAAGUCCAAGCUGACCGCGCAAUCUAAAAAGCUGUGCGAUCAGGAGAAACGGAUGCAUGACCAGGCACAGCUGAUUGCGGAACAUGGUAGCCGUCUCGCCGAGCAAGACCGCAAGCUGCUGGAGCAGCACCGUGAGUUCGCCGACGUGCUGGAGGAAGUUAGUCGCCUCCGAGAGCAGGUGGCGAGCAGUUCUUCGAGUGGCGGAGACGGCGAACUCAACCAGUCCGACGGAGCGGACGCGCUUCAAAAGAUGACGCGACCUCGAUGCGGCAGAAAGGGUAAUAACGCCACUAGGGAUACCACCGCUCCUAGCAGCAAGCGUCGGAAUGGACACGUUGCCUUACCGGACGUGGAACCUAGUCGGAAGCGCCACUGCAAAGAUAAGGCUACAGUGGAGGUAGAAAGGCCGCGACGGACGGGAAUGGCAACACGCAGGAGGCCGGAGAAAUAGUUGAAUGGUCCGUGGUCCUAUCAGCGUAGAUAGCCGAACGUAGUGCUGAGCUUUUUUUCAGCACAGAAAACGAGGCUAGCCACUUUUGCCCACUGCAUGCUAGUGUUGAUUGGCAUGCUGUUGACUCGGCGCUCCAAAGUGUGGUAUGAUGUCGUGUGACGACAGUGUCUUAGAUGUCAGGCCAGCCACACUGAGCUGCAUGCUUGUUCGUGAAAGUAAUCAGAGCAGGGCACUGUCUGUCGAAAAAUUUACUGCUCAAGAGAGCACAGGGUGGAUGACAGGAAAACAGCCUGCCACCUUUUGUAAGAAACGUCUUUGUAACUGCUUCAUGCGCAGUUGCUCUAUUGACAUUAUUAUAGCAUAGCCACAUGUGUACUUGUUGGCUCGUUCUUCUUCUAAGCAUUUGAGCCAAUAAGUGUACCAUUAUAAGAAACCAGUUGUUGUGCUUGAUCUGAAAAGUAGAUUUGAUAAUGGUAGGAUGUGCACAACUAAUCUAAUCCACAAAUACCAUGGUUUCAAGCCUAGCGAAGUAAAUUUGCGAAUAACUGUGUGGUGUAGCAAGUGUGUGGCUGGGAAUAAGGUAUGUAAGCUACGACUGAAGACUCACAUUACAUACUAGCCCACAUUGAUAGUUAACAACUAGCCCUCCAUUUUUUAUCCUGAGGGGGUUGCAUGUUACGAAUUUUGUGAAGAGCAAGGCCAGUUGGCAAAAAUUUUUGGGUUGUAAAAGAUAACGUCGGGAGCUGCAUUUUUUCUUUUGCUUGCUGAAUAAGCUCUGUACGCUAUUUUUUAAUUACUGCGAAUAUACGUAGGCAUGUGUUCCUGACCACCUUGCCAUGUACACAUCUCCCCUCAAGCAUAUAUGUUUGCGUGCGUAGCAUCCUUUUUAUACUGUCCUUCUUUGUGUUGCUUUCUUUUUUGGUUCCUUUUGGAGCGAAGCCACAACAGUGUGGAGGUUAACGAACCUUCAAUGAAGGGUCCCUGUUGUGACCUUGUUCAGUACUGUACUCAGUGUUAACGGUUUGUCUAGUAUUUAAACUGUUGGACAUUUAAGAGCACUGAAAAUGUUGUCCGAAGGAGUUCCUACUACCAUUGUUUCUGCGAAAGUGUAGAAUUUGGCUUCACAGUGCUCGAGUGUGGUCAAUGUGUUUUUCACGGUAACCAUUACAUCCGAAAUAGAUCACCAGAUGUUUACUGUAAUCGGCAACCAUGCAACACAGCAUUAACACAGCAUUCUGUGUGGUGCAGUUAUCAUAUGGUGUAGCAGAUAGUCAAGGCACCCCGCAAUCGUCCAUUGCUGCAAUUCUUGUGCAUCUAAACUCUAAUGCAACAAAUGCAGGUAUACAGAAACUUACUCCACGGGAGCGCCUUGGCAAAAAUUCAGCGCGCGCUUUUGUAAUGACAUGGUCGGCUUUCUCAUGUCAAUAUCUGUUCAUAUGACCGAGAUUUAGCUGUAGGCCCAGAUUAUGUUUCAGGUAGCUUCUGUGCAUAGGAAUCAUCCUCGGCUUUUCCUCUAAUUUUUAUGCAUGCUGCUGAAAGCUACAACUACCUCCUGCAUUGUUGCGAAGAAAGUCCCUGACAAGAUGCUGUGAAUGGGAUUACGCUCAUACUGGCAUUGGCUAGUGUUUCUGUGCAAAAAUUCAUUUUUGCAUUGUUUUUAAGUGAGCGAUCACUUUAGACAGCGCAUAAGUGUAAAUUCCAUUUGUCUUGCAUUUGAAGGUGUGUUUUUUUGGCCACUUUGCACGAAAGAAAGCAGGACGAAAGAAGGAGUACACAUGGUUGAGCGCAAUCCAACGACUGCUUUAUUGUUGAAAGUGCAUCUGCUCAAGUACCCAACACCACAAGUGCGAUCUUGUUAAAGAGACACAUCAUUCGCACGUAUAACAGUCACGUGCAAUUAUAAUGUUCGGACCAAUGUGCCUGCGGCUAUAGAAUAUGUCGCAUGCACAUCUAGCAAACAAUGUGGACACGCUAACCUGAGAUGUUGUAAUCACAGGUUAUUGUUAUACACGCGAGUGAUUUUUUUUUUCUACUCGAUGGCUCAGAUUAUGUUGGGUACUUGAGCAGGUGCAUUUUGAAAAAUAAACCAGUCCUUAGAUUGCACUUGUCCAUGUCUAUUCCUUCAUAUGCCCUUGUUUACUUCGCGCUUAGCGGCUAAAAGAUGAAUAUGUUCCGACUAGGACGGCUAGCAGUUCUGCUUCAAUGUAUUUGUGUCUGAACAGUAUGGAACUGCAUAUUUCAAAUGUUCUCCUCUCCCCACCCUUUCUUGUUUAUUUGCUACUAUAUGUAGCCUUGUAGCAGAACAUCUUUCAGUCGCGCCAUUUUUUUUUUGCUUCUGUCCUUGGUUCUGCGCUGUUUCUAAAUAAAAUGGUAAAGUUACCCGAUGUA